UGGAAUUAUGAAAUAUUAGGUGAUGUACCGUCCAGUCCAGUCCAGUCCAGUCCAGUCCAGUAGUCCGUAUGGCUACUACUAUCGCUCGCUCGUCGUAUGGCUAUCCUUGCUGGUAAUGUUCCUCGCAACUUGUGAGUGUGCGGCGUGUGGCUCUCAACAAGCGUCCCGGAGGGCGGUGGCACGGCGCAGAGUAAAGUACAUCCAACCGUGGGGAGCAGCGCUUCUUCGGGAGGCCCAGAAGAGAAGAGGAUACAGUAUUGCAGUUGAGUCGAGGGCGGUUGUAUUGCUGAUUUUGGUUUUUAGAAAUAUACAGUCACGACAACAGGACAAGAGUGCUAAGUGGACACUAGAUCAGAGAAUCGAAGAGAUGAAAUAAGGAGAGGACAGACACAGGGAAGGAGGAAGACCACCGAGGUCAGGAAAGACGAUGAGGCGCAAGAUAUUUGACUAUAGAUCUGGAGGGAUAUGAUUGAAUGCAUGCAUGUGUGCCACAGGUGGAU